ACAACGAGAGUUCCAUUGUUAGAAUUAUUAUCGAUAAAAUUGUUCGGAAAGAAAUUAUUGAAUUCUUUAUUAUUGAGCCCUUAUUUAUGAAAAAUUACUAAAUAUUAAGUGGAGGGAUGUUUUCUAUUGCAAUUGAGAUAAUUUUCUUAUGAUUUUUUUGUGCGGUUUACAUAAAUUUUUAACAUUAAUUGAGCGAUAAAUGGGUAUUUUAAAUUCAACGCCAAAACAUGAUACUAGUGGCUUGGAAUGGUUUGAUGAGAGUGCUCUCUUGAAUCAAGAGAAUUCUAAAGGAUGCUGUCGAGGGUUCUUCGAUAAGGGAAGAGAGAUCGAGAGUGUUAAUACAAGUCAUUCGUACACCCCUCAAGAGAAGCAGAAAUUAGCUUCCUUCGACAGUUUUGAUUAUUUACCUCCAGACAACUCAGUUUAUCGGUCCUGGGCCCAAUCUUAUUUCAAGAAAUAUGAAAUAGACAGAUGGUUGAUUUCAGCUUUAAUUGGAAUUUGUGUUGGUAUAUGCGGGUUCUUUCUUCAUCAAUUGAUUGAUGUAUUGUCUUACAUCAAGUGGCACACCGCUGGAAAAUACAUUCAAGAAGGAAACUUCGGAUUAGCCUAUCUAACAUUAUUUGGUAUUGGAGCACUGUUAGUAUUAUUAUCUUCGUCUUUAAUUUUAUGGCGACCAAGUGCUGCCGGUUCUGGUAUGCCAGAAUUAAUAGGCUUCUUAAAUGGAACCCAAUUGCGUCACAUUUUCAAUCUGAGAACAGGAAUUGUUAAAUUUCUUUCAUGUUGCUUUGCUGUUGCAAGCGGCUUACCAGUUGGACCUGAAGGACCUAUGAUUCAUCUUGGAGCACUAAUCGGAGCAGGUAUCAGUCAAAUGAAAACAAGAACUUUGCGAUUAAAUUUGCCGUUUUUCAAAAGAUUCCGAAAUUCUGAAGAUAAGCGGAAUUUUAUAAGUGCAGGGGCAGCUGCCGGUGUUGCAACAGCAUUUAGAGCCCCUAUUGGAGGACUACUCUUUUCGUUAGAAGAAGUUUCGUCAUUUUGGUCAAUGUCUUUAAUGUGGCAGAUAUUCUUUUGCUCUAUGUUAGCAACUUUUACAACUGAUCUUCUUGACUCCGCUUUUAAAAGGUUUAAUUAUGUAGGCAGUUUUGGACAAUUUAAAUCGCGUGAUGAUAUUCUAUUUGAAGUCUCCACCAAAGUAUCAAUGAACGUGAUAGCUUUUUUACCAGCAAUACUUUUAGGGUGCAUUUGCGGUAUACUUGGAGCAUUUUUUACUUUUGUUAAUUUAAAAAUACGUAGAUUGAGAAUUUGUAUACGUAAUAAUCUGAAACCUCGGCUUAUUCAAAUUCUAUUUGAUGUAGUGGAACCAUUAUUUAUAUUGCUUAUUAUUACAACGGCAAGUACUUUUAUACCAUUAAGGAUACCUUGCACGAAAAUAGACUGCAAAGAAGGUUACGCAUCUUUUUGCGGCAACGAAAGUACUCGUGAUGAAUCUGCUAAGAAUGCCAUGUCCGUGUGUCACAAUCAGACAAAUAGCUACAGUGAUAUUAGUACUAUCUUAUGGGGUCCUGGUGAAGAUAAUAUAAAACGUCUCUUUACUAGAAGAUCUGCUGAAGAGAUUUCUGGCACUUCUCUUCUUUUAUGGCUACCUUUAUAUUUCUUUUUUGCAACUUGGACAGCUGGAAGCUCUGUAUCUAGCGGUCUCGUUGUUCCAAUGCUAUUUAUUGGAGGACUAUUAGGACGUUUAACAGGAAUCGUCUUGGGUUUAAUUGUAGGAAACAGUCAUACAGAUUGGGUUGAUGCAGGUGCAUGGAGUUUGAUUGGAGCGGCAGCAUUUUUUGCUGGAGUAUCUAGAUUGACUGUCUCUCUUACUGUUAUCAUGCUUGAAAUAACUAAUGAUGUCACAAUGUUAUUACCAAUUAUGUUCGCUGUAAUAACGGCGAGAAGCACUGGAAAUUUAUUAACUCACUCUCUAUAUCACGCAAUUUUGGAGCUAAAAUGUAUACCAUUUUUGGACGAAGAUCCGCCGUCUAGUAGAUUAGUUGAGCCACGAAUUGAAGAAAUUAUGUCCAAACCAGCCAUUUGUAUUUGUAAGGGAGAUAAUGUUUUAUCUUGGAUGAAAAUAUUACGUGAGACAAAUCACGGAGUAUUUCCAGUUAUUGAAACUAGCAAUAAUGAUGAUGUUGCUUUGCUAGAUGACGACUCCAACAUUUCUUACGAAGAGGUCAGAUGA